CAUCACGCUCCGCAGACUUUAUCUCUGCCUCCUGGCGAAACCGGCGACCGGCGUGCGGCGCGGGGUCUGGCCACGUAAUUAUAAGCGGACGUUUUCGUUGGCCGCGCCGUCGUGCGUUGAUCAGCCACCGGUCGCUGGGUCAAAUAAAUACUGCUGCAUAUAUCCGGCCGACGUUCCACCACCGAUUUUGUCAGCUGCCUGCUGCCAUAUAGAGAUCCGCACGCUGCAGCACGCUCUCACGAUCAUUACCAGCUUCAUGCAAAAGCAUCACGGCGCUCGUGCACUUCCGAAGAUAGUCGUGGCAGGUAGCACUCUCUUCCGGCGAGCGGCGGCCAAGUUCACAGCCAUGCCUUCGUCGACGUCGUCGUCGUCUUCUCCUUCGAGGACGAUGAGAGCCGUGCUGUACGACAAGUAUGGCGGAGGAGCGGAAGGCCUCAAGCAUGUGGAGGUGCCAAUCCCGUCGCCGAAGAAAGGCGAGCUGCUGCUGAGGAUGGAGGCCGCCAGCAUCAACCGCGUCGACUGGAGGUUCCAGCAAGGCAAGGCAAGGCCCAUUUUGCCCAGCAAGUUCCCCUUCACCCCGGUCUGCGAGCUCGCCGGCGAGGUCGUGGAGCUCGGCAGCGGCGUCAGCGGCUUCGCCGCGGGCGACAAGGUCAUCGCCGUCAAUUUCCCCGGUGGCGGCGGGUUGGCUGAGUACGCGGUGGUGUCGGCGUCGUGCGCGGCGACGAGGCCGCCGGAGGUGUCCGCGACCGAGGGCGCCUGUCUGCCGAUCGCCGCCGCCACGGCUCUGGCCGCGCUCAGGACGGCCGGGGUCGGCCUCGACGCCCGCGGCCCUCCCAAGAACGUGCUGGUCACCGCGGCCUCGGGCGGCGUGGGCACCUUCGCCGUGCAGCUCGCAAAACUCUCAGGAAAGCACCACGUCACGGUCACCAGCGGCGCCCGCAACCUAGGCCUCGUCAGGGCCCUGGGCGCGAACGACGCGCUCGACUACGGCACCCCGGAGGGCGCGGCCCUGCGGCGGGCCGGGCCCGCGGGGCGGAAGCACGACGCGGUGGUUCACUGCGCUGAGGGGUUCCCUUGGUCGGCGUUCGAGCCGGCGCUGGCGGACGCCGGCGGCGUGGUCGUGGACCUCACCGCGCGCGUCGCGUCCGUCGCCGUCGCGGCGCUCCAGAGGGUGUUGUUCGCUAGGAAGAGGCUGGUGCCGCUGCUGGUGUCGCCUAAGAAGGAGGACAUGGAGGUGUUGCUGGGCUUGGUGAGGCGGGGGCAGAUCAGGGUGGUGAUUGAUUCAAGGUACCCGCUGAGCAGGGCGCACGAGGGCUGGGCCAAGAGCAUGGGCGGGCACGCCACCGGCAAGAUCGUCGUGGAGAUGGGUGUCACAGAGGGAGCGCGGACCCGCCGUACAUCCUCCUCUCAUCUGUUCGUGCCUUUGAAUUUGUUGUAAAAGUUCCCGUAUCUUCUCGCCUACUGCUGAAAAAAUUACGUCGAAGAUGAAACUAGUGAACUGUACGUCCAUCCAUCUGUGCAAGAAUCCAAGAAACGCAUUUUCUUUUUC